CAUUCGUUACAUGUGGUUCACGUAAAUCCACCAAAUAUCAUCCUGUCUUCUCUGUCGCCAACACUCCAUGAGAAAAAGCUCCAGUCUUUAACUGUUCGCUAGCUCAGGCAUCCAAGGCCUGCUACAGUGGAGGAGAAGUCAUGCUCUCCUCUUCGUCAAUGGCCUUCUCCUCUCCAAUCUUCGCUGGCCCUCCGAGAGCCGCAGUCUCCGUAGGGGCCGGGAGCACCAAAAUAAAUGCGAGAGCUACGCGGCGCCAAGAAUCCGAUAGGUUUCCUUCGGCUGCGCCAAUCUCUCUCCUCCGUUCUCGAGCUCUCGAGGUGGCUAUUCCUUUGGCCGCCUCUGUUUCCAUUCUUCUGUGGUCCAAUCCAGUGAAUGCUGGGUUUCUCUCAGGGUUGUCAGGUUUGGAAUCAAUUCCUGGUCCCCAGCUACCUGAAAUUGAUUUCCUCAAAAAAUGGAGUGAGGAAAACCAGAAGAAGUAUGCUGAGUUUGAUGAAAGAUUCAAAUCAUCUACUGUGCUUAAGGAACUCUUGGAGAAGUCUAAACUGAACAAGGAAAGGCAUCGGAGAGAAAUUGAAGACAAGUAUUGCUUGCGUGGUGCAGAAUGGGGUGUAGGAGAUUGCUCCACAGAAGGGAUGACACAAGAAGAAAGAGAUGAGUUUGUUGGAUUUUUGAAAAAGAGAGUCGGAGGAGAUUAAACUAGCCAUGUAACUCAAGUUACAGUAUUGUAAAUAUAAGAAAUUCCCCAUUUGCAUUACAUUUUCUUCUUCAACUUUUUAUAUCUAUAUACUACAUAUGUUCUAUUAAUUAUUAAAGUAUGAUGCUGUAAAUGAAAAGAUCUUCUUUUAGAGGUUACAAUUUAGGGAAAGAGGGAAAAGUGCUAAUGGUAGCAGUAGAAUGGAAAUUGGAAUUCUGGAGGGCAGGUAAUGCAAGUUAUUGAAUAUGAAUGUUACAUUUUAAUUUUGGACUUCA